ACAGCGAUGCAACAGCUCCGUUUGGAUCGACCUCUUGGGCCAGAUCAGCUGGAGAGGUUUGCAUACUCUAAAAGCAACGUGGGUUGGCAGAAUGAAUCUCUUGCCCAAAGAUCAUGAGCAGUUUCGACAGAGCGAUUAUUGGGAUGGCUUCUUCCAGAAGCGGGGAGGGCGUGCCUUUGAAUGGUACGGAGAGUACACCGAGUUAUGCGGGAUCUUGCACAAGUACAUCAAGCUCAAGGACGAUAUCUUGGUGGUGGGCUGUGGAAACUCGACCCUGAGUGCUGAUCUGUACAACGUGGGCUACCAAUCUAUGGUGAGCAUCGACUUGUCGGAUGUGGCCAUUCGACAAAUGAACCAAGUUCAUGGACUGGAACGACCCGGACUGAGCUUUGUUAAAAUGGACGUGACCGACUUGGCCUUUGAGGAAAAUCGCUUCAGCUGUGUCUUGGAUAAAGGUACCUUGGAUGCCAUGAUGACCAAUAAUGAUGCCGAAGUUCAAACCACCAUUGACAAGAUGUUUUCGGAAAUUGAGAGGGUGUUGCGAUUAGGCGGUCGAUAUAUCUGCAUAUCUCUACUCCAACCCCACAUCUUGGACUUUAUAACCCAAUGGUUCAGCCAACGAGGAUGGCCUUUGCGGAUUCUGCGAUGUCAAGAGGCCGAUGCCAAUAAAUCGCCACAAGAUCGAUUGUUCCCAGUGUUCGCGAUUGUUGCGACCAAAUUUCGCAAAAUGCCCAACAUCCCACAGGUAUUAGAAAUGGCCUUGUCAUCAGAGGGCCAGACAACGCGAUUAAAAACUGUUCAAGAUUUGAUCCGAUCUGUCCGCGGAGUGCAGCAAUUUGCGGCGGUGCGGGCAGGUGCGGCCAAAAAGCGGUUGUUUCAAGGCGACGCACGACACGAGGACGUUUCUUUGGAUUUACAAUCGCCAGAUUCGGAUGUUCCCAAAUACUCGCUGUUCAUUGUGGAUCGGGAUCAGGCCAGUCCAUUGAAAUUCGCAGUUUUCAUCGUACCUCAGGGAAGAGAGCCCGAAUGGUUGUUCAGCACUUCCAAAGGCCGUUCUCAAUUGGCCGAAUCGGCUGGGGUGGCUAAGCUGAUUGUGGUUCACCUUCAACGAACCCAUACCUUCACCAACUUGCAGGCUGUUCAAGAAGAGUUAUCAGGCAUCGUUAUGGAUUUGGCGCCUCCGGAUUUGCCACACAACACUCAAGUACCUUUUCUUUCAUUGGGGGGAGAUGGAGCCGUGGGUUCGAGAAGUGAGAGAUGUCGAGGGAAAAGUAAGUUCUCAGGAGAGUUUGUGGUUGAGGACGUCGAGGUCAACGGUGAGCUCUUCAGGAGACUCAUUUUCAUGAACAAUCCUAAUCUUACGCAAUCUGAGGCAAAGAUUGUUUCAGUGAAAUCAAAGAACAAGAAAGUGAAGAAAGUAGUGGAUCACUCGUAUCUUGCCUGUGCUCACCAUUCUUAUAUGGUGGGAGCCCUUGGGUACAACUUCUCACAACCUGAAAUCAAAGUCCUCCUUGUCGGUCUUGGCGGUGGAGCCUUGGCCACAUUCAUAAAAAACAAUUUUCCCAAAGUGACAUUGGACGUGGUAGAGAUUGAUCCGGCAAUUUCUCGUGUGGCGUCUGAACAGUUUGAUUUUAAGGAGGAUGAACGAACCAAGGUGAUCAUUGCGGACGGGAUUGAAUUCCUUAACACCAUCAAAACAGAAACGUAUGACGUGAUCAUGUUGGACGUGGACAGCAAAGACUCGAGCAUCGGCAUGAGUUGUCCACCCAAGCCUUUUGUGGAGGCCGAGACCAUCCGUCAGAUUCAACAUCAUUGCUUGACCAAAGAUCAACAAGGUGUGUUCGUUUUGAAUUUGGUUUGUCGGGACCCGAGUCUACGGCAGGAAGUGAUUGCCACCUUAAAGUCACAAUUCACGCACGUCGUGUCCUGUCCAAUACCAGAGGAGGUCAACGAGAUUUUGUACUGUUCAUCAUCAUCCCAGCGCGAGGGCAAUGUCGGGGUCCCAUCGAUCACCUCCAGCCACGCCUCCAUCAAGGCCAUGAGACGCGUCAACGAGACUCUGCGCAAUGAGGAUUUUCUUGAUCUAGCGCAAUCCCUCAAAGUCAUGAAAGUGGUGUGAUAAAUACAGGGAGUCUAUUUCGACGGGAU